CACGACCCUAAAAUCAAGAUGGUACUGUAGUUUCGUGUGCAACACAUUGUGGACGGACAUUUUGUGGAAUAAACUGAAAGUUCAAUAUAAUAUAGGGUUUAUCAUUAAAAAGAUGGAAUGAGUCCUAGAAAAGCUGCCUUUUUUAACAGAUAUUUGAUUUCUACGAUGAAAAACAGAAUAUAGAGGGAAAAUGGCUGACAGUCAUCAUUUACUUCCCCUAGCAGAUUAUCUCUAUAAGCUGUACAAAAGUCAAUCUCUAUGUGACCUCUCUAUCAUCACACAGAAUGGUACAACUGUCCUGGCCCACAAACUAGUAGUGGCAGCAUUCUCUGAAACAGUUAGAACAGAGGUGGAGAAAUGGAAAGAUUUACCCCAAGUGUCCAUUGUUGUAGAUUGUGAAACAGCAGUUUUAAAGGAAAUUUUAGAGUUUGUGUAUAUUGGCAACUGUCAUCUCCAUAAAGAGUUGUUUCCCCUUCUACAACAGGCUAGUCAUAGUUUACAAAUACCUUCACUUCAAAAAUAUUUGAAAGAUAAAGGGCCUAUUUCAAGAAAAUCACUACAGAAAAAUCUUUCAACGGACAAACAAAAAAAGGAGGAAACUAAGGCUUUACCAAAUAAAGAAAAUUUGAGAAGUAGGCGAAAUAAAAAACCAAAAAAAGAUGAACAGUUUGAAUGGUCUGAUGAUUUACAGGAGCCAGAUGAAGCUUGGGUACCAGGUGAUCAUAUUCCAACUGCUGCUGAUGAUGACGGUAAUGAUGGUUAUGCAUUAUGGGAAAAUGAAGUGGAAGUGAGAAAUGAGCCUAGGACCAGCAGGAGAAAGAGUAAGCCUGGGAAACUAGAUAAAUUAAUCAUACAGGCUUAUGUGAGGUUAGAAAGAAUUGAUGCUUCUGUAAAAGACACCAGUCUUAAGAAUACCUUAAGGAGUACAGUCCCAAACAAGGACUCAGGUUAUACUGUCAAAAAGUCAUUGAUUCCAAUGAAAGAGAGAAAGAAUAGAUAUACAAGGGAAAAUUUAACAAACCUUGCAAAGACGAAACGAACUAGAAAUAAAAAUUGUCAUCCAUUGAUGAAUCAUUCAGAACAUUCAAUUGAGAAAAUAAAGCAUUCCAUGCACAAUUGGAAGAAGAGUUCUGCAGAAUUACUAGCUUGGAAAUGCAAGAAACUAUAUGAAAAACACCAUAAAGAUAUACGAGUCAAAAGAGUUGGAUAUUCUUGUAAAAUCUGUAAAGUUUGGCAUAAAAAUAUCUCGCGUAUCAAAUUACACAUAAAUGUGAAACACAGAAAUAUACAACCCAGAAAAAGGAAAUUUGCAAACAAGACGAAAAAGAAAGGUUCCUUUGAAGAAAGAAAGAAGAAAAUUGAAAGAAUUAAACAAAAAAUUAAGAAUUGUGAAUGCUUUAGAUGUGACAGAACAUACAAAUUGGUGCGUGGAUUAGCUACACAUCUCGUGGAAAAACACAAAAUCUCAUUCGAAACAGCCCAGAAACUGACCGGAUAUCCAAAAUAUUUUAAAUACCAGAAUCCAACAAGUCACACAUGUGAUGAAUGUAAGAUGGAAUUUAAUACUUUAAAUGACUAUAGAGCACAUUGUCGAAUAGUUCACAAGAAAAAGCGUUUGGAGCCAGAUAUGUCGUGCACGUACAAAAAAUGUUCACAAAAAUUUCUUUCAAUGGCAAAAUUAAAAGAACAUUUGGUCAAAUUUCACAAACAAAAGAAUGUUAGUAUUAAAUGUAGGCAAGGCAGGGUUUCAGCCAGAGUGGACAAACAGGACAUAACAACAAGACUACAGAAACAGCGAAGACUUCUAGAAGAUUUAUCCGUGUCAAGUAAAGAAGAACAAGUCAAAAGGAAGAAAGAAGAAAGUUUUAUUAAACAAAUUAACGAAUUAUCUGAAAUCACAGAAAGUCAAAGGUCAUCAUAUCCGAAGAAAAAAAUUAAGUACAAUGUUAUAUUACCAUCAAAGAAAUACAAGUGUAAUAGAUGUCCGAAGUCAUCGGUCUGUAGAAAUAAGUUAAUUCAUAAAAAUCAUAGAGAAAUAAGGCAUAAGAAAAUACUUGUUUCAAAAGUUUUUGAAAGCCAACUCGUUCUGAAGAAACGUAUCUGUCAAAGUUUCUCAUGUGUAAAGUUUGUAAACAAAGAUCCAAAUAACUUGAAACCAAAAUCCAAAGAAGAUGCAACCCAUAGUGGUGUUCCAAGACAGGAGCAAAAUGCUUUAGAACAGAGAGAUAUGUCUUCUCAUGUUCAAGCUUUAAGACAUUCCAUAGCAAAUGAACACAAUUCAGUUGACUUUUUACCGUUCCAAGCACCAAAUAUUACCAGUCAAUUUGGUGGAUACUUAUCUUUGCUGCAAGAUUCAGCCUUAAAUGAACAAAGUGGUUUAUUUGAAUUUAGUAAUACAUGCAAUAAUGACUCUCCUGGCUCCUUACAGAAACAAAGUAAUGGAAAACAGAAAAGGUGCAAAAGAAACCAGUUUACCUGUUUGAAAUGUGGAUUAUCUUUCCAUUACUACAGCAGUGCAUCCUUGCACUUCAAGAAAAAGCAUCAGAAAAAUCACCUUGGACAGAGAACUGUAUUCUCUAGUUUAAAAAAACAUGUCAAUUUACGCAGUGUAUUAUUUUCCAGAAAGUCAUUAUUAAAAACAAGUACGUUCCAAUUGCAAUUUGCUGAAGAAAGGUCAACAACUUGCCAAAUAUGUGAAAAAACAUUUUCCCAUGUUCGUAGUUUAGCCCGUCAUUUGCAAAAUACCCAUUGUUGUACUUUUGAACAGACACGAAAUACAACUGGUUACCCGAGCAAAAUUGCAAAGAAAAAAGAGGAAAUAACUUGUGUAGAUUGUAAGAAAACAUUUACCAAUAUUCGUAACCUAGCAACUCAUCUACAAAAUGUUCAUAAAUAUACAUUUGAACAGGCAAGGGAGGCAACUGGUUAUCCAGCAUUCAUACGAGUUACAAAAUUAACCAAGAAGAAGAAAACAAAGUGUGAGAAAUGUUCCGAGAUAUUUGAAACAAUGAAAGAUUUCAGAGUUCAUGAAGUUAUUGUCCAUGGUUUACCCUGUAAAUACUGUGGCGAAAAGUUUCUUCAUCUAGUUUCGCUGAAGAAACACGGGGUACGAGAUCAUCCAGAACAUUUUGAUGAGUUCGAAGAGAUGAAGGCCACAUCUAAAGCCUGGAUUCUUGAUGAAGAUGAGAAUGAAAAUACAGAAGAUGAAAAUUACAAAUGUGACAACUGUGAUUUUUCUACUAGAAAAUUAAACAUUUUGACAGUACAUGUUAUGGAAGUCCAUCCGGAGGUCCAGCAUCAUUGUCCUACAUGUGGCUAUUCUUUCCGUAGUCAGUACUCUGUAGAUUUACAUACGUCUAAACACCAUGGCGAGGCAGAGAAGAAGAAACCAGUCUGUAUAUUUUGUAGUAAGAAGUUUCUGAGGAAGAGAUUUUUGAGAAUACAUCAGUUCAAGGCUCAUGGGAUUCUUCAUCCAGAUGUUAAGCAAUACAAAUGUGAUGCUGAGGGCUGCAUUAAAAUAGCUUAUACUGCAACAGAACUCCGACAACAUAAGAGAAACCAUACUGCAGAGAAGAGAUUUCCUUGCCAGCAAUGUAACUUUGUUUGUGCUCAUAGACAUCGUUUAUUAAGACAUGUGAGGACUGUACAUUUACAGUUGAAGCCAGCAUUAUGUGAGAGUUGUGGGAAAUCCUUCACGACAGAACAACACAUGAAGGAGCAUAUCAGACGUUACCAUACCAACGAUUACUAUGAGUUACAAUGUGAUUAUUGUUCAUUCCAGUGUGGUGUUAGAAAUCAACUUCAGACACAUGUAUGGAACCAACAUCAAAUGAAGAUGGCAGGUGAUAGUCGUCAAUACUACCAGUGUGACCGAUGUCCAUACCAAACGCCACUUAAAUGUAAAUUUAACAAUCAUAUGAAUGGCCACAAUAACAUCAGGAACUAUGUCUGUGACCAAUGUGAUUCUAGGUUUGUUACGUCCAGUACGCUACGGACACACAAACAAUGGAAACAUUCGUCAAAAGAGGAGGACAAAAUCUGUAGCCAUUGUGGUUAUAAAACUAAAACAAGCAACAAAUUAAACGAACAUAUUAGAGUUCAGCAUCAGUUAAAAGGAGUAAAGCCGUACCAUUGUACAUACUGUGACUUUAAAUGUGCCACCGGUGGCAACUGCCGCAAACAUAUCAUGGCUAAGCAUAAAGAUCUUCCUGUCCAUUAUACCUGUGACACAGAAUAUCUGGAAAUUGCCAGAAUGGCACGGCAGGAAGGGAACACUAACCCAUUGAUUGUCCACACUGCCAAUGAUACUCAUUCAGACAAUCAGAUAGCACAGAGUCCAGCUACGUUUACACAGAUCGUACCUAACUUUGAACAGCUACCACCAGCGGAUCAUUUAAUGUUUGACCCAGUCCGAUACGAAAAACUUUAAAUCAGUUGUUUGGUAAAUGAGAUUUAAGUGAAGGAAUUUUAUGGAAUAAUAAGUAAAUUUUAUUAUGAA